CUAUGGGAAGUCAUAGAAAUCGUUGCCGAGCGGGGUAAGAAAUAUCGGGUUAGGUGGGCGGGCAAUGACCCCAAGACGGGGAGGCCGUGGCCGUUAGACUGGGUACCCAAGCACGACUGCACGGAUCACCUUGUGGAAGAGUGGAAAAGG